AUGUUUUUCCAAGAAACCGGGCUCUGGUGGUUGCCCAGCAAGGCCCAGGAGGAAAUGGGUCCUGGCGCAAACGCGGAUGCCAUCGCGGCUCACGCGGUAAAGGUGAACGUCUUCCACACCAUGAACUUUGUGCUGAGCUUCAGUGAGUCUAUCCGUGAGGCUGUGAGAAGCGGUCAGAUUGAGAUCCACGGUGGCAUCUACGAUCUGGAGACAGGCAGCGGCAUGACGCUGCUGAAGCAGGGCAACGAGCGCUUUGCUGUAGGCGCGCCCACGGCAGCGACCACCUCCACGGACAUGCGCGAGGCCUUGGUGAAACCUCUUCGUGCUCCGCAACGCCGGCAACUGGUGAUCCAGCUGGGCGCCCAGCUGGUCCUGGUGCUGGGGCACACGCAGUGCGGCGCCGUGGCCGGAGCUACGAAGACUUACCAGGCAGGUGAGUCCAAGGCUCCGGGAAGUGCCCUCGAGGGUCUCUUGCAGGGCUUGGCCGGGUUCUCUGAACCCCUGCGCGACCUGGUGCGCAAAGGGAACCUGCAGAUCCAGGGCGGCAUCUAUCACCUCGAGCCGGGCCGCGUGGAGUUCUUGGGCUGCUCGCCGCAGCAAGCUGCUGUCCUCCAAGCGCUCCAUGCCGCCGUCCAUCCAGUGCGGCACGAUCCGAACCGCCCAGGCCAGUUUGAGCACGGGCUGUCCUGA